AUGCUGUGGAUUGUUUCCAGAAACACGGAGAUGCUAGAGUCAAAUGGUCUAACCAAGAGCAAUAUACCAGUUUUCAAGGGUAAAUAUAAAUCUGACAAAAGCUCAUUAGAACAGUAUGUUUGGGUCGGGAAUGGAUCCAUUGAUGUAUUUGGAAAAGAAUCAAAUCUGAAGCACACAACUGCGCUGAAGAAGAUCGAUUGGCAAUCCACACUUAGACAGUUUCUAAAGAUGGUCGAUGAUAGGGGACUAGUACUAACUAUGGUUGGAGCUGAUGAUAUCGAGAAAGCUGUCAAGGACUACAAGCCUUAUGGCGAUGAUGGAGAGCGUGAAGCCCGUCAUGGUACGAAAACAGGUUUAAAUGAAGAUGAAAAUAUUGACGGAAUUUUAUCUAUCCCUGACAGUGAAGCAAAGAAAAUGUUAUACGAGUACUACAAAAGCCUUUUUGAUAACGAAGUCGUGAUCCCAUUUCGUCUUCACCCUGUUGCUGAUUCUAAGACUGGAGUAAGAACUCACGAUUCUUACUACUUUGGCGUACCAAGUAAGAAGAGAGUAUUCAAUUUUAGGAAUAAGGACCAUAAAACUGUUUCUGGAAAUGCUUUGAGCGAUCUGAUGAAUGUGAUACGUUGGAUGGAUACAUUCCUUGCGCUUUUAAGCGGGCUGGAAGAUGCGUACAGUACUGCAAGUGAUAUUGAAGGUCCAGCAACUGAAGAGGAGAAGCAAAUGAUUAAAGAUGUUAAUGACAAUCUCAAGAUCAUUCGCGAGGUCAUCUUUAGCAAUGCUGACGACAUGAAGCAACAGAGUGAAGAGUUAUAUGAGGAAAGUGAAUCAAGCUUCACGAUGACGCUGAGCGCGCUUAUCAAAGUUAUGGCGAAGCCAUGA